CUUGGGAAAUUAAGGAAAGAUGAGAUAUGGUGCAGCAUGGCAGUCUUUCUUUGUUUUGGUGUUUGUAGGGUAUAUGCUAGUAUGGAUUUUGCUGCCUACAAACACUUACAAGUAUUCAUGGACUCCCAAAUUGAAGGAGAAACUCAACUCCACAUACUUCAGAGAACAAGGUGUUAAUCUUCUUCUCUUUAGUUAUCCUCCUAUGCUGGUGGCUGCAAUGGGAUGUGUUUAUCUGCAUCUAAAGAAGACGAAAUCGGAUUCUAAGAGUCGCAAGAGGUUGUACCUCUCCUUGAAGCGGCCGGCAAUGGUUGCGGCGCCACUAGGCAUAGUGAAUGCGGUCGAGCUGACCUUCGCAGCCAUGUUUAUAGUACUCAUGAUCUGGUCUUUGGCUAACUACUUGCAUGUCAGCUUUGGGCAUCUCCACAUGCACACCCCCGGAGUAAAAGUAUGGGAAGCCAAGUUCCGUAGCGUGUCACUGAGGCUGGGAUACAUCGGAAACACUUGCUAUGCUUUCCUCUUUUUCCCCGUCACACGAGGCUCGUCUCUGCUGCCUCUGGUGGGCCUCACCUCUGAUUCCAGCAUCAAGUACCACAUCUGGCUCGGCCACCUCUCCUCGGUGCUCUUCACCCUUCAUAGCGUGGGAUUCGUUAUAUAUUGGUGGGCGAUGAGUGAUCAAAUGUACCUGAUGCUUGAGUGGAGCAGCACCUACCUCUCUAAUGUAGCUGGAGUGAUCGCGUUCGUGCUGCUGCUGGUGAUCUGGGUGACGAGCUUGCAACGCGUUAGGCGAAAAAUGUUCGAGCUCUUCUUCUACGCCCACCAUCUCUACACCAUCUACUUAUUCUUCUACAUGUUCCAUGUUGGAGUUGCCUAUCUCUGUAUGAUCCUCCCCGGAAUAUUCCUCUUCCUCAUCGAUCGUUACUUGAGAUUCCUCCAAUCCAGAGAGAGGACUAGGCUGGAUUCCGCGCGCAUGUUGCCUAAUGGAACAAUGGAACUCACCUUUGCCAAGAAUCCAAGACUGUCGUAUAAUACUGCUAGUACGCUGUUCGUGCGUGUUCCGAGCAUAUGCAAAUUGCAGUGGCAUCCGUUUACAGUCAUCUCCAACUCCAAUAUGGAGAAAGAUAAACUGAGUGUUGCAAUCAAAUCUCAUGGAGGUUGGACACAGAAGCUCUAUAAACACCUCUCUAUGUCUUUAGAUCAUCUUCAAGUAUCGACCGAGGGCCCUUAUGAACCGGCUUCCUCUCAUUAUCUAAGCCACGAGUCGUUGGUGAUGAUAAGUGGAGGAAGCGGAAUCGCCCCUUUCAUCUCCAUUAUCCGCGAAAUCAUACACAAAAGUACUACUGCAGAAUCAGACACCAAGGUUCCAAAACUCCUCCUAGUAGCUGCGUUCAAGAACACAAGUGAUCUGACCACGCUCGAUCUCUUGCUCCCUCUCUCCGGAGCUUCUCUAGACCUCUCGAAACUGCAGCUGCAGAUAGAAGCCUAUGUUACUCAAGAGACAGAAAAGCCUAUUGAGGAUGCCAAAAACCAAAUAGAGAUAAAACUGUUUAGGCCAAAUUCAUCAGACUCUCCGAUAUCUGCAGUGCUUGGGAAGAACAGCUGGCUGUGGCUUGGUGCAAUAAUCUCAUCAUCCUUCCUCAUGUUUCUGCUGCUUCUCGGGCUUGUUACUCGUUACCACAUAUACCCUGUCGAGAAAAGGGGAGGGAACUACCAUUACAGCUACAAAAUCAUGUGGGACAUGUUUCUUGUUUGUGCUAGCAUCUUUGUAGCUACUAGUGCCAUUUUCCUCUUGCAGAAGAGGAAAGGUUCAUCAGAAGGGAAUCAAGUCCAGAAUGUCGAACUGCAAUCUCCAACAAUGUCGCCAUCUUCGUGGCUAACCCCUCCGGAUAGGGAACUGGAGAGCCUGCCUCAUCAGUCUCUUGUCCAAUCCACAAAAGUGCACUAUGGUGCAAGGCCUGAUCUCAAGAGGAUACUGUUUGAUUGCAAAGGAUCAGAUGUUGGGGUUCUCGUUUCCGGUCCUAAGACUAUGAGACACGCAGUUGCCAAAAUAUGCGCCUCUGGUCUAGCUAAAAACCUGCAUUUCGAGGCCAUGAGCUUCGAUUGGUGAUGAAUGCGAUGCUGAUUACUUCUCUGUUUUAUUUGUUUCUCAGAUUGCUCACUAAAGAUGUUUGAUCUCUGUUUUUUGCUGAUAUAUUUGGUCAUGAUGUAAUAUAAUGUUGUAUUUGAAAAAAUGUCUGUUUACCAAGUGAUGUUUAAAUAAAGGUAAGAAAAUGCUAUGAA